GAGGAGGGAGGGUUUCUGCAGCAUUAAGGGUAGAAGGAUAAUGGAACUCAUUCAGGGGACACAUAAAGCACCCAAGUUUGCACUACAAGAUUUUAUUACCAACAUGCCUGAUAUUGUGAUAAAUAAUAUUCUGGACCGAUUGCCGUUCCAAGAUGCAGUGAGGACCUGUGUCUUGUCAAGAAACUGGAGGUUUAAGUGGACUAUGCUUACCCAACUCGUGUUGGAUGUCGACUUCUUUGAUUCAAUAGAAACAGAAGAAGAAGAAGAAGAAGACGACGACGAAAGUAAUAACGAGAGCAUUGUAAGUAAGCUUCUUCUUCAACUUAGAGGUCCCAUUACAAAGUUUGAACUGGACAUAGAACACCUAUCGGAUGCUGAAGAUAUUAAUAACUGGAUUUUGUUAUUGUCGAGAAAAGGACUUACGGACUUCACUCUUGAAAAUUCGGAUUAUACACCACUCACGUUGCCUACCAAUCUUUUCUCUUGUGUAGAGUUGAAACAUUUGAAACUUCGUAACUGUUAUUUCAAUCCCCCGCCUACUUUUCAUGGUUUUCCAAACCUGUUGAGCUUAGACUUGUGUGUGGAGUUUGAAGAUAAUAUUCAACUUGGGGAGUUUUUUACUCGGUGUCCUUUGCUUGAGAAGUUGACCAUGGAUGAUCUAUUUGAGUUUAGCAAAGUAAAUAUAAUUGAGAUUGCAAAACAAGAAAAUCUCAAAAUAUUAUCUUUGAAGUUUAAUGAUUUUGAUGAAGAAACGGCGGCCACAAGUUCCAGUAAUAUCUUUGAGCUUGUGGGUUCUCUUCCAAAACUUCAAGAGCUUCAUUUGGAUUUUGAAGAGUGUCGGUUGAUAGAAGGUGUUGGUAAAAAGAGUUUCUUUACUGCCUUUCCCUGCCUAAAGGUUCUAAAAUUAUCAGAUAUAUGUUUAGACAAUGGUAUUAUGUUUUCAUUUGCUUUUGAAUUGAUAAGAAGCUCCCCGAAUCUGCAGACUCUUGAAAUCACACCAAGUAACUGGAAUGCGGAUUCGCCUCCACAAGUAGACUACAGUACAACGAGGCUGUUGCAGCUUCAAAGUGUGAUGUUUGACUGUUUGAAAGGUUCAGAGAAUGAAUUACGGUUGAUGAAGUAUUUACUUGCGUGUUCCCCUUCCCUAAAAAGGAUGCAUAUCUUUUCCCGUUUUUUCUCAUCGGCUGAAGAAAAGUUGGUGUUUGUUAGGAAGUUGUUGAAGCUCUAUCGAGCCUCCCCCGUAGUUGAAGUCGAACUCUUUUGGUAUUAGUUGUUUUGAACAAUUUGAUUCAUAUUUAUUUGAAUGAAUUUAUGGCCUAAUUGUGUAAUAUGCUCCAGGGAUUAUAGAUCGGUUGGGUUAUUCAGGUU